UGAAAUGGUCAUUCGACCCCAAAUGGGGUCCCGACCCACAGGUUGAGAACCACUGUCUUAGUGAAAUAAAACUCUCAACUCCAUUUGGUUAAAGUGAAAAGGCACUUUUACUGAGACACAUUGCAGUAAAGUCAAGCAGAAUCUAAAAUCCCUGUGCACCAUUACAGAACUAAAACUCCUGGUUUCCCCUAGCCUCCCCCUGCCCCCGUGGUCUAUCUGUGAGUAGCCAAUCCAGCACCACAAAAAUGUUUUGGGAAAUGCUGAGGUGUUUGUGCUGGUGAAAUUCCACUCUCAAGGUAGACAGCCUUGAAGAUGCCAGCCUAGCACGAACUGGAUUCCAAACCACUCUGUUCUUUCUCACAUGACAAUUCCCCCUCCCAAUUUCCUAUCAUAAAGGUAUACAGCUUUAUUUCCCAUUUGUUCCCCCCCUUCCCCAAUUGAUGGCAGAACACCAGCAAGGUGUCAAACUGAAGGGGGUGGAUCUGAAGUCACUAUUUUCAGCUCUGUUGUAACUUUGGUCAUUAAAUGAAUGGUCAUAUGUCAAAGAUUACCUGUACUAACACUUCUCUAUUUAGAGAUUUUGUUUGGCUUUGAACUGGAAGGUAUGUAUUCUUUGAAACUCCCCCUUUAAUUGUGAUGCCCAAGCUUGGUUUUUUGAAGGCAGGUGGGCAGCUGGAGGAGCAAGCAGGGCAGGGGCUGCCUGGGCUUCACCUGGAUUUCUCUUUCUUCCAGCAAUGUCCUCCAAGUGGAAGGAGCUUCCGGGAGGAGCAGUGUUCCUCCUUCAACUCCCGGGUCUACAACGGCCGCACUUUCCACUGGAAACCUUUAUAUCCAGAUGACUACGUCCACAUCUCUAGCAAGCCCUGUGAUCUCCACUGCACCACCACCGAUGGGCAGAGGCAGCUGAUGGUCCUGGCCCGAGAUGGCACCUCCUGCAAAUCCUCUUCUUUCCGAGGGGUGUGCGUGUCUGGAAAAUGUGAGCCCAUUGGAUGUGAUGGGGUUCUGUUCUCCCCCCACGUUCUGGAUAAAUGCGGGGUCUGCCAAGGGAACGGCAGCAGCUGCACUCAUGUAACAGGGAGCUACCGGAAGGGCAAUGCUCCGCUUGGAUACUCUUUGGUGACUCACAUUCCUGCUGGAGCAAGAGAUAUCCAGAUAGUUGAAAGGAAGAAAUCUGCUGAUGUUUUGGCUAUUGCAGAUGAAGGUGGUUCUUACUUCUUCAACGGGGAUUUCAGAGUAGACAUCCCCAAAAACUUCAAUAUUGCAGGGACCAUCUUCAAAUACAGGAGACCAAUGGACAUUUUUGAGACAGGCAUAGAAUAUAUCGUUGCCCAGGGACCUACCAAUCAGGGUUUAAACAUCAUGGUUUGGAACCAAAAUGGUAAAAAUCCAUCAAUAACAUAUGAAUACAUCCUGCAGACAAGACCUCAUUUGAAAAACCUGCCACCAAUUUACUAUGGCUUUUCUGAAUCAGAUAGUGAAGAAAAAACAGAGUUUGAAGGAGGAUUUCUUUUGGGGCUCGCUCAGCUCAACACCAGCCUGCUGGCCACCCUCUCCCAAGAAAAGGGCCACCUGGAGAAACUACUCUUUGACCAGCAAGGGCGAGGGGAUGAACUGAAGCUGAGCAAGAUGCAGCAGACCAAUGAAGUUUACCCUAGGACCCCACUUGAGUAUGGCCCUGUCCUCCCGAGCAAGAUCUCCACAGAAUCAAACACAACUAAAACCAACUAUAAGGUAGAAGGAAAUAGAAGUGAACUGGACUCCCUACCCCCUUCCCAAGAGUUCCUUUUAGAAAAUACAAUCAUCCACAGCUUUGGGGAAAAGAGAUCAGAUUCGAAAGAAUCCAUCUGGAACAAGACCCUGAACAGUAUUUUUUCUCCAGUAAACCCCAGCAACACCUUUGGGCCUGAAAUAGACCGUCUUUAUGUUGAUUAUGACGACAGUGAUGACCUACUGGCUUACGCUGCUAAUGGCACUUUUAUGGAGCUGACCCACGAGGAAGCCAGCAACGUAUCUUCAGAGAUCCAGAUUUCCAAUGCAACUAUUUCUGCUGCCAAUGCCCAGGGGAACAGAACCCAGAAGAUAAAGAACCGGCUGAAGCUCUUCCGGAAGGGCCAGAAUGUGAGCCCAGCCGACAUGUACCGGUGGAAGCUCUCCUCCCAUGAACCUUGCAGUUCCACUUGCACCACAGGAGUGAUGUCCACAUAUGCCAUGUGCAUCCGCUACGAUGGCACGGAGGUGGAGGAGCCUUUCUGUGAUGCAGCCACGCGGCCAGAGCCCAUCCAUGAGUUCUGUGCGGGAAGAGAAUGCCAGCCCAGGUGGGAGACCAGCAGCUGGAGCGAGUGUUCCAGGACCUGUGGAGAAGGUCAUCAGUUCCGCAUUGUUCGCUGCUGGAAGAUGCUCUCACCAGGCCUGGACAGCUCUGUUUACAGCAACCUGUGCGAAUCGGCCGACAUCACUCGGCCAGAAGAGCAGAAAGUCUGCAAGAACCCAACCUGCGGGCCACAGUGGGAAAUGUCUGAGUGGUCUGAGUGCACAGCCAAGUGUGGUGAGAGGAGUAUGGUGAGCCGAGACAUCCGCUGUUCUGAAGAAGAGAGGCUGUGUGACACCAGAACCAAGCCAGUGACCGAUAAGAACUGCACAGGGCCACCCUGUGACCGGCAAUGGACAGUCUCUGACUGGGGACCGUGCAGUGGGGGCUGCGGGCCAGGCCGAAUGAUCCGGCAGGUCUACUGCAAGAGCAGCGACGGGCGCGUGGUGCCAGAGUCCCAGUGCAACCCUGAAGCCAAGCCGCUCGCCAUUCACCCCUGCGGGGAGAAGAGCUGCCCUGCUGGCUGGCUGGCCCAGGACUGGGACCGGUGCAACGCCACCUGUGGCCGAGGGGUGAAGAAGCGGACGGUUCUUUGCCUGGAAAUUGUCAGUGGGAAGAUCAAAACCCGCCCACCUACCGCAUGUGACACCACCAAGAAGGAGGCUGAGGAGGCCACCUGCUUUGAGCGCCCCUGCUUCAAGUGGUACACCACCCCUUGGUCUGAGUGCACAAAAACCUGUGGAAUUGGCCUGAGGAUGCGGGACGUCAAGUGUUACCAAGGGGAGGAUCUUGUGCGUGGGUGUGACCCACUCCUGAAACCAGUUGCAAAGCAGACCUGUGACCUCCAUCCCUGCCCAACCGAACCACCAGAUGACAGUUGCCAGGACCAGGUGGGGACCAACUGUGCUCUAGCAAUUAAGGUGAACCUCUGGGGCCACUGGUACUACAGCAAGGCCUGCUGUCGAUCCUGCCGAGUGCCCCGUUCCUAGGGGGCGUAAUGGCGUGGGGGUCCCGUGCCCGAGGAGCAACUGGAGCUCAGCACCAUUAGGUAUCACCUCGUGGUCCUCGCUUCUCAUCUUCCUCCAGCCGCGAUGGGUUGGACCACCAACAUCGCCUGCAGAAUUCUGGAUUUUUCUUUUAAUUCAUUUAGCAAAUUCUUGAUCUACCUAUACAUGACUCCCCUCCUGCCAGUGAUUUUGUCCUCCCCACUGUUCCUCGCACUUGCCUCCUCUGCUUGCCAGUUCAAAUCUUGCCUCCUCUGCUCAGUUCAAAGCUUGCCAGAAUGGCUGAGGGAGGGGCAAAACUCUCGCUUUCCUGUUAAUGAUCACAUCGCUCAUUGCAGGACUGGGCCUAAAUCAGAAUGCCCCCCCCCCCACAGCCUUGGCUCUUUCCUUCUGCCUCUCUCCAUUAAAAGUCUCAUUGUCCCCUCAAGGCAGAGAGAUACCCCAAAUAAAAGGUAUGCUGAACCCUUCUCUCCAGCUGCAGUUAAUAAUUGCCACAGGUAUUACAAUGAAGAAUAUUUGAGGAGGAGACACAUCCAUUUUACACUUUAUUGAAAUAAAUGAAAAUUGGUGGGAAUGAAGUCUGCAUCAGUUUUAAAUACCAAAAUGACAAUAAAAUCAUUAAAGGCAGAAAAACCCUAUCAUUUCAAGCUUAGGCACUGUAUGUUUAUUCUCACUCAGCAGUAAAUAUAAAUUAACAAAGGACAGGUAAUAAAGUCUACUAAAUAUAACAUGUAAGUGCACAUCUGGCAGAAGUGUUUUAUCUCAUAAUCAAACUCUUAAAUACAUAAUGCCAGCAUAUUGUAUAGGAUAAUGAAAACAUAACUGCACUUUAUAACCCAAAAGGGCCCUGGGCUCUUUUUUAAUGUAUUUGUUUACAAAAUAAUAAACUUUAUCCCUUUUACUGUUGAAUGGUACUUGUAAGUGUCUGUUAAAUAAGUUUUCUGAUAUUUAUGGUGACAGCUCAAUCCUUGUUAAGUUUUUUCCAUUUGUUUUGGCAAAUGGGAACUAUUCUCUGACUUUAUUUGACAGCACAGUAUCAGCAGUAGAGUCCUUCAAGUUUUUGGGUUCUAUAAUCUCCCAGGACUUGAAAUGGACACCUAAAAUUAGAACCAUCAUUAAAAAGGCACAACAAAGAAUGUUCUUCCUGCAUCAGCUCAGAUACACAUUUACAGAGGAAUUAUCACUUGUACUUCUAUAAGUGUCUGGUUUGGUACAGCAACCAAACAGGACAGGCACAGACUCCAAUGGAUAGUUAGGACUGCAGAAAAAAACAAUUGCAACCAGCUUGCCUCCCAUAGAAGACUUGUAUAUGUCAGAAGAAGGGCUGAGAAAAUAUUUACAGAUUCCUCACAUACUGGACAGAAACUGGUUUAACUCCUCCUCUUGGGAUGGUGCUAUAGGGCAUUGCAUGCCAAAACAACUAGACACAGUUUUUUUCUUUCAUGACAUUAUUCUGCUGAACAUCUAAUUCUCAGUACUGUCUAAUGUCCAUGUAGAAGUAUUACUAUUCUUAUUAUUGAAGGAGAACUCAUCAAAUUUCCAGAUGACCCCAAGCUGUCAGGAGUAGCCAAACACCCCAGAGGACAAACUCAGCAUGCAAAAAGAUGGGCAUUUCUCCACAUUGAAAUGAAUUUCAAUGUGGAGAAAAGCAAAGUCUUACACUUAGGCAGGAAAAAUCAAAGGCACGAAUACAGAUUGGGCGAGACC